GUUGCCGCUGGAAACGGGAAUUGCCCAACGCACCCGGGGCUGACUCAGCCCGGGCGGGGCUCACGGACUUUCUUUUCCCGAGUUUUUUUCCGGAUCUGACAAUUCCAACCCAGAGCGGAGCCCAGCCAUGCCCACGGAGACGGAGCGCUGCAUCGAGUCGCUGCUGGCCGUGUUCCAGCGCUACGCCGGAAAGGAGGGGAGCUCCUGCACCCUGUCCAAGCGGGAAUUCCGGGCGUUCAUGGAAACCGAGCUGGCCGCCUUCACCAAGAACCAGAAGGAUCCAGGCGUGGUGGACAGGAUGAUGAAGAAGCUGGACAUGAACAGCGACGGGCAGCUGGAUUUCCAGGAAUUCCUGAACCUCAUCGGGGGCAUCGCCGUGGCCUGCCACGACUCCCUGAUCCUCAAAUCCCCCAAUCCAUAAAUCCAGAGGCUCUGGAU